AUGACCCUACCCAGUUGUUCGAGAUGGCGCCUGCGAUUAGGUAGCUUCCUCUACCUGUUCUACUUCGUGGGAUUCAUGAGCUUCGCCUGUAUCGUCGCCAUCUGGUAUGGCGUCAAUUCCGACCGAGACUAUAUUCACCCGCUGUUGACCCAACUCAUCCCCGCCGGGCACUGUGCGUGCCAAACGUCGACGACCUUCCAGUGCUCGACCUGCCUGUCCUGCUCCGAGCAUAGUCUGGUCCCGCAACUGACCUCCGCCCCGAAAUGGGAAUUCAACUCGGAUCGCGAUGCAAACAAUGAGGGCCUGACAACACCUCAGUGCAAGGCCGCAUUCCCAGGACUCUACGAGGAUGUCUUCCGCGCCGAGAGCUUUUGGCGGUCCCAAGGCGCUCUUGCGACCGAGGACCUGGAUCGCAUUCCCUUAGGAUUUGGGAUGGCUCGAGCAUUCAUUUCUCGCGGCGAGCUGUAUGUGGUUGCGGCGCGGGCCAAGCAAGAGGAUCAUCGACGAAAGAUUGUGGCGGCAUUAAGCUCCAUCCAUCGCGCGCUGGUCGCGGAUUUCGACCGAGCUGCUCGCCGCGACAUCGAGUUUGUUUUCUCGGUGGAGGAUAAGGUCGAAGAUGUCACGAGCUCCGACAAUCCAGUCUGGGUUCUUGCACGGUCUGCCUCUGAGCAAGGCGUCUGGCUGAUGCCCGACUUCGGGUUCUGGGCGUGGGAUAACCCGCUGAAUUCGAUUGGACCCUUUGACCAGGUCGUCGAACGUGUCAAGAGAGCCGAUAUUCCAUGGUCGGAGAAAACCCCGCAGUUGGUUUGGCGCGGCAAACCUAGUUUUGCCCCCAAGCUGCGCCGCGCGUUGAUGGAUGCCGCUCGGGAUAAGCCGUGGGGCGACGUCAAGCAAGUGGAUUGGUUUGAGCGGACGAACAUUAUGUCGAUGGAAGACCACUGCCGGUAUAUGUUUAUCGCGCACGUCGAAGGCCGAUCAUACUCCGCUUCACUGAAGUACCGUCAGGCCUGCAACUCAGUAAUCGUGGCACAUAAACUGCAGUAUAUCCAACACCAUCACUAUCUCCUCGUACCGGACGGCCCGAAUCAAAACUACAUCGAGGUUGAGCGAGACUUCAGCGAUCUUGCGAACAAGAUUGAACCCCUCCUCGACGAUCCGAGUACGGCACAGCGGAUCGCCAACAAUAGCGUGCGCACCUUCCGGGAGCGCUAUUUGACGAAGGCCGCCGAAGCAUGCUACUGGCGUCAGCUUUUCGAGGGAUACCGACACGUCUGGAACAGCAGUGUCCCAGUGUGGUCGGACACGUAUCAGCGGGAACGGGGUCUCCGAUACGAGUCGUUCGUCUUGAUGGAUAGUCAAAUGAUGUUUGAUUUUCGCGCGACGGGCGACAUGCCAUAA